CAUCAUUCUUGGGAACAAGGAAUCAGUUGUUAAUUUGAACUAGGGAAAAAGACAACAGAAGGAAGGAACAAAUUAACAAAAGAUAAGACUAUAAGAGUAUAUCACUGUUGCAUGGUUAUUAUUUUUUCUUUCUUUUUUUUUCUUUUUGUUGCUUUUCAGAGUGUCCAAAGAGAGUUAAAAGGGGCGUCUCAGUCGUCUCAGUUGUUGGCUGAUCUCCUCAAUUUCACAACGUCCCACCCCUUGUUCCUAUUCGACCUCUCCAAUGGACGGCCUUCACCUUUUCCUUCAUCCCUCUCUUCAGUUUAUUUUUAUAAACUUGUGCUCUUUUUUUAUUUUCAUUUUUUCUUUAAUUUUUUAUAAAUACUCUUAUUUACUCUAUUAAAAUAUAUACUUAAGCUAGAUUAUAUUAUUUGCUUUAGGUCUCACUCUUACUCCCUUCUUAUCUCCUUUGAUACUUCCUUGAUGCUAUAAAUAGCAAGCCUCUCUGUACAAGCUUCUCAAGAAAUGUCUCUCCUAAAUCUAAUGAAAACAACUACUUCUACUCUUCUUUUGUGCCCUCCAAUGGAUACAAAAGACCAUAAAUCUGCAACUACUGGAGUUAACUUUCUUUUUGACUCAUCUUUCUUACAGAAACAACCCAAGUUGCCAACUGAGUUCAUUUGGCCAAAUGGAGACUUAGUUAGCAACCAAGACGAGCUUAAGGAACCUCUGAUAGACUUAGAUGGGAUCCUGAAAGGUGACGAGGUUGAAACUGCACAUGCUGCUGAGCUUGUUAGGGCUGCUUGCUUAAACCAUGGGUUCUUCCAAGUCACCAACCAUGGAGUUGAUGCCAGUCUUAUUCGAGCUGCGCAUGAAGAGGUUGACACGAUCUUUAAGCUCCCCCUUGAUAAGAAGCUCAGCGUUCGUAGAAUGCCCGGCAGUGUGUAUGGAUAUUCGGGUGCCCAUGCUGAUCGUUACUCAUUUAAGUUACCAUGGAAAGAGACAUUCACCUUUGGGUACUCUGGGAGUGACUCAGAGCCCAUUGUCGUUGAUUACUUUAAACAUGUCUUAGGGGAAGAUUAUGAAAGAACAGGGGGGAUUUACCAAAAGUUCUGUGAAGAAAUGAAGAAGUUAUCAUUUGUAAUAUUUGAGCUGCUAGCCAUUAGCCUGGGAGUUGAUCGUUUUCACUACAGGAAAUAUUUUGAAGAUGGCAGCUCAAUAAUGAGAUGUAAUUAUUACCCAGCUUGCAAUAAUUCUAGCCUCACCCUUGGCACUGGUCCUCAUUGUGACCCAACGUCCUUGACAAUACUUCACCAAGACGAAGUUGGUGGUCUUGAAGUGUUUGCAAAUAGCAAGUGGCAAGCAAUCCGGCCUCGUCCAGAUGCCUUUGUCAUAAACAUUGGCGAUACCUUUACGGCAUUAUCCAAUGGAAGAUACAAAAGUUGCCUGCACAGAGCUGUAUUGAAUAGAGAGAGAGAAAGACGAUCACUAGUCUUCUUUGUGUGUCCAAAAGAGGACAAAGUAGUGAGACCCCCACAAGAUCUUGUUUGCAGAGAAGGGCCAAGGAAGUACCCAGAUUUCACAUGGUCAGAUUUAUUGGAGUUUACUCAAAAGCACUACAGAGCUGACGCUGCUACACUCCAAAGUUUCAUCCAAUGGCUUCUAUCUUCCAAACCAUCUAACUUCUAGUUGUUUUUGUAUCAUUUUGAUGUAUAAUUGCUUCCAUUAUUUAUAAUGUACUCUAGCCUGGUAUCUCCCUUCUGUAUACUGAUUAUGUGGGUAGGAUUUUCAUCAGCUAUUGCUAUGGC